UCGCAUGCAUCCUCCCAAUAAUUCCCAUAAUUCCACAACAACCAACCGUUGUUAUCCGGAUGCAAUGGGACGUCGCCAUCUUCUCUACCUUCUCUACACCUCCUUUGCACGCCCGCCCUCCUCUCCUCCCUACUUCAUCGUGCCGCCGCCGCCUCCUCCUCCGCCGCUACUUUUCCGCAAGGGAUACUGCCGCGAAACGAUCAGCCACGAGAGAGCACCGUCGACGUUAGAAGAGUUCAAAAGGUUGGAGGAAGAAAAGGCGGGUCAACGAAUUGGAAACCGGACGGUGGAGAAGGGAAAAGACGGCGACACGGAGGUUGCGGACACUUCAAAGACAGGAGGGUCUCAAAGCACAAAAUGAACAACUUGUUUUUCCUUUCGUGUAGUUUUGGGUGAAUGACGAAUGUAUAUAUUUUAUUUUGGUUUGGUUUGUUGGAUGAAGUAUAAUAAUAGAUCUUAAUGAUAAUGUAUUUUGUGGAUUA